GCCAAUGAGGUGCCAUCCAGGACCUGGGCCCCAGAAAUAGAACAGGCCCCGCACAGUCUCUCCUGGAUGCCAGUCGGACGCUGAGGACAGAGGCCAGGCAGAGGCAGCCCUGGACGCUCCAGGCUCUUGUGAUAGCAGGGCUGCUGGGCAAGCAUAAGGAGACACCUAGCUCUCUCUUGAACUUCGAGAUCCAGACAACCAGAAGUCUUCUAUGGCUCCCUAUCACAUCCGCAAAUACCAGGAAAAUGACCGCAAACGGGUCAUAGAUUUGUUCUCUAUGGCGAUGGCCGAGCACAUUCCUGCCACCUUCCGCCACAUCCUGAAGCUGCCCCAAACCCUUGUGCUCUUGCUUGGGGGACCCCUUGCCGUAAUCCUAGUCUCUGGCUCCUGGCUUCUGGCCUUUGUGGCCAGCCUCGCCCUCCUUGCUGCCCUGAGGUUCCUUGCCAAAUACCCCUGGAAGCAGUUUGUAGUCAUGUCUUUGCACACAGACAUGUCUGACAUCACUAAAUCUUACCUCGGUGAGCGUGGCUCGGGCUUCUGGGUGGCGGAGUCCAAGGGGCAGGUGGUGGGCAUGGUGGGAGCACUACCUGUUAGGCAGCCCACCCUGAGGAAGGAGCAGCUGGAGCUGCUUCACCUGUGUGUGGCCCCUGAGCACCGAGGUCACGGGAUAGCAAAAGCCCUGGUCAGGACUGUCCUCACGUUUGCCCGAGACCAGGGCUAUGGGGAAGUGGUCCUGACCACCAGCAUGCUGCAGCACUCUGCCCUGGCCCUUUACCAGCGCCUUGGCUUCCAGAAGACGAGCCAGUUUUUCUUACUCAAAAGAUGGAGGCUAAUUUCUUUCUCUCAAAUUCAAUUUACCUACUGCCUCCCCUCUGCUCAGGACUCUCAGGCACUGGAGCAGGGAGGGGGCCUGUGA